UGUGGGCGUGUCACUGGAUUUGCGGAAGAGCAGGUGCACAACUCCGCCGAGCGCAGCACCAACACAACAACCGUUAUCGCCGCAGAGGAGGACGCCGCGCCUGUAGAAAGGCCCGGCGACACGUUAUCCCGCAGAGGAGCGCUAGCCUUAGUCUGUUUGGAGACAGUGUGGAGGGGCCGAAGUCAUGACUCUGAAUCAGAACCACUCGGAGUCCGGCGGAGUCAUCAUCAACAACAGCGAAAGUGUGCUGAUGAACUAUGACAACGUGGAGCUGGUCUUCUGCGAUGCCGACAACCUGCCCGACGCCUUCAGGAAGAGCAAGAAGGGCAGCGUUUACCUGACCCCAUACAGGGUGAUCUUCUUGGCCAAAGGCAGGGACGCGCUCCAGUCGUUCAUGAUGCCGUUUUACUUGAUGAAAGGCUGUGAGGUCAAGCAGCCCGUACUGGGAGCUAAUUACAUCAAGGGCGCCGUCAGCGCAGAGCCGGGAGGCGGCUGGGAGGGCGGUGCCACCUUCAAGCUCGUCUUUGCUGCCGGAGGAGCUAUAGAGUUUGGCCAGUAUAUGCUACAGGUCGCAGCACAGGCUUCCAGAGGUCAGCCAGUGACUCCUGGGUUUGGUGGAUGUCCCUACAUGGCUAAUGGUGCCUAUUCUUGCCCUCCUCCCCCUGCCAAUGGAAUGUAUCCACCUGGACCUCCACCUGGCUACUCUUACCCCAACCCCCCCCCUCCAGGUGGUGGAUUCUACCCCAGCCCUCCAGCAUUUGAUGCCUCUGCAGCUUACAUACCUCCACCUCCAUAUUCCGCUCAUUUGGGUCAGCAGGCACCACAUGACCCGGACCUCCCAUCUUCUGCAGCAGCGGAGGCCAAAGCAGCUGAGGCAGCAGCAAGUGCCAGCUGUGCCACACUGCCCCCUGCACAUGUAUACCUGCCGCAGGACAAGCCUCCUCCCUACUCUCCUCCAGAUGAUAAGAAGAAUCAGUAGACCAGCAUUCCCACCUUUUCCUGUAUCCUCCAUCCUACUCGUUCACCUUGUUUCUUUUAGUGGGCACAAGUACAAGUUUUGUUAUUUUAAACCUUUCCUUGUCUUCCUUGAACAAUCCUUUCCCUUGGUCCUCCCUUUUUCUCAUUCCAUUAUUUCCAAUUUUAACCUAAACAUAACACAUUUCUUCCAACAUUCACGCACUGUAUUGAAUUUCAUAUUUCUCUGAUGCACCUUCUACUUGUUGGUUAUAGGAUUGGUUAUAAUCUGUGAAGUACAAAAGCUGUUCAGAUAGGAUUUUCAGGCUGUAGCUGAGGGAGGCUUUGUAACGUGACCAGCUUUCUUACAUUUACUGCUGUGUGAGUGUCCCAAGAAUCAUUAGAUCCAGCUAUGCUGUAAAGCUCGCUUGUAAUUUUCUGUCUGUUAAACCAAACCCAACCCAAUCUAAUGCUAAUUAGUUUUUGGAGAAUCCAUCCAGAAGCAAGAUGGAUGCAAUCUUUUAUUUUUCUAUAAUUAAUUAUUCUAUUUUGCGUAUACCUGCUUUUCAUAUGUAGACUUUAAAAAUGGAAAUUUUUUUCCAAACACUAAUGUAGUUUUUGUAAAGUGCGUAGCUGCUCUGGCAUUUUAGCAAAUGAGAGGACUGGAAAAAUUAGAGCAGCAUCAAGCCCAGAAGAGGUUCCCAGAUCCCAGAUUACAGCAGAUCGAAGUGGUAGUGGUGGGGAUUAUCUUUAUUAUGUGCAAGAGCGGAGCGGUCACCCAAUGAUGUCACUUCCUGUUUUGUCACAUUUGUGAGCAUUCGAGAAACCACAUGGUCAAACUUGCCACCAGCCUGCUUCAUCUUUCAUUGCUCUGUUUCCGACGCCAUGAGAGGAUCUUUUCAAAGUUUCUACUUUCUGUGUUGUGAUGUUAACUCUGAGCGCAGCAUUUUGAGCAUCUCAGUAUCUGAGAGUGGGUUCCUUCCUCUAUGGUCAGUUAUCUCUAAACUGUAUCUGUGGCACAUCUGUGGCUGAUUCUUUGCACUUUCAGAACGCUAUGCAUCAGGCUCCAGUUUGCUCUGUCAUGGCUGUGUGUACAAUAAUAAUGGUAUUAAAGCUCUGUAUUUAUUUUAAAGUUUUAAAAAAGUAAUUUAUUGAAUAAUUAAGGUAAAAUGGCUUAAGCAGAAAAAGCAUGAUCUCAACUAAUGCAUGUAUGCAUUGGACUGGAUUUUAUUAAAUGAAUCUUGAUUAAUGUGGAAUAA